GAGAGAGACCCUUUAAUAUUAAAUCAUUAUGUUUUUUUUCUUUUUUUUUUAAAUAACGCAAAUCUUCAUAAAUAGUCCCUAUGGCAGUGAAAUGACAUAAAUACCCUCCACUUAACAGCCAAAAGUUAACGGAGUUAACAAAAAGGACCAUUUGUUAAAAGUUUUGAAACCACUGGGACCAUCUGUGAAGUUUUUAAAGAUUAGGGACUAAACUUCAGAUUUUCAGAAACCACAUGGACCAUUUUUGAAGUUUUGUCUUUAAAAAAUCAAAAUAAACAAUACAAAUCAUAUGAACAAAAAUCGAAACAGAUUCAGAAAACAUAACCAUCAUCGAUUUAAACUUAAAUCGAAAGGUUUUAUAGAUUGGAAAUUCAUAGUUGAAAAAGAAUAAAAGAACACAUAAUCUAAAACGUACCCAUAAUCGAUCUAAACUAUGAUAAAAUUAAAGUAAAAUAUCUCUAUAUCAUUAUCCUUCUUCCAUGAUGAUCGACCACAAGACUGACCCACACAGAUCGAAGCCCACAUAUAUUUUAUUUCUUCUUUCCCCUAUUUACUUCUCCAUUACAAAGCUUAGGUUAGAUAAAUUAUGUAAAGAAAUGAGGGAGAUGACAUAAGGCUACCGGUAAUGAGGGGUGAGGCAGGGUAUUUUUCAUUUUAUUUUUAGUGAGAUUUAACUUUCAUUAAUUGAAUUCCUAAUUUAAUUCAUUUUAUUUUUGGUGAGAUUUAGUUGUCAUUAAUAUAAUUCCUACUUUAAUUCAUUUUAUUUUUGGUGAGAUUUAAUUAUCAUUAAUAGACUUCCUAAUUUAAAACGUAAUCUACGUUUUAUAAAAUUUAUGGAAAAAAAUAAAAGGGUUGACAAAGAUAAUGUCAGAAAAUAAUCUAAUGGUGGAAAAUAUAGGAUUGUAAUGCAAUCAAUGGCCUUGAUUUAUUCAUUUAGAGUUAAGGGUUCUCUUUUAAUAAUAUUUAGAGGAAAGUCGGGUGUUAUAGUUAUAAUAUUCACAUUGCAAAAUAAGAAGUAUAAUAAUGAAAUCAAAUUUAUCAAAGGACAUGUAUUAUUUGGUAUAAAUGCACUUUGAUCUUAAGAAGUACUUUCCUUCACUUCUAGUGUUGAGUAAUUGCUUAGUAGUCACAAAUGGUUAACAAUUAUACACUCAAUCAAUGAUUAGUUUCAUAAAAUCGAGUAUAGACCCAAUUUCCAAUUAUAAUUAUCUUAUUUAAACUAUUGCGAAAACUAUAAAAAGUAAUAAGGAAGCUAAAGGAUUAAGUGGAAAAUGCUGAAAACUUAGCAUUCAAUAGCUAGUUACUCAACCGAAUCAAGCCAUUCCAAGGCAUGAACUUGACCGAGUCACCCUCAUCACAACACAUUGCGAACAAUUUUUGCUUCUAUAUUGUUCAAAUAUGUCUAAACUACUUCCAAUACAUUCCAAACAACUUCCACUUGUCCUAGUUAUGUACUAACAUCUAAAUAAUUUUUUUAGUACAUUCGAUGUCAGUGAGUUUCAUCCUCUAAUCAUGAUCUACAAGCUCAACAUGAAGGUGGAAUUAACCACAUGGCGGAAUGAUGUCUCCUUUAUGAUCUAAUGUUUGAUUCUGAAUUUAAAACUCAUCCAAACCUUCCUAAUUAAGAAAAAUCUCGGAUUUAGGAAAUCCUUAAAUCUUAACUCGAAAUAGCGUAGAAGAAUCACAAGUAAUGUACCUUACAAAGCUUAAAUGGAUCGAUUUAAGUUUUUUCUUUCCUCCUGAUCAGCACUUCAAACUUCUUCCUAAUUCUUCCCCAGCCUCAAAAUCACCAACUCUUUUUCCAUCCAAAGUCCAAACUCUGUCAAAUCGAUUUGAGUUCAAAUGAAAAGGGAGAAGAGUGUAAGUUUCAUCUUUUGCAUCUUUACAUAAUUGGUCCCUUAACUAGCCAUUUUUCUAAAUUAACCACUAGUUGGUUCUACCGAGGGGUGUAAACGAUCUGAGUCGAGCCCGAUCUUGGUCGGGCUCGACCCGGACUCGUUUAAGUUAUGAGGGGAUCGAGCUCGAGCUCGGCUCAAUUCGAGCUUUAUUGGAUGAAGCUCAACUUAAGCUUGUGAAGAAUUAUAUAGGUUCGGCUCGAGCUCGAGAUUGACUCGUUUACUGUGUGAUGAAUCUAAAUAAACUUAAGCUCGAUUCAAGGCCGUUUAUUCAUACCCUAAAUCCCUAAUUCCCCAAAUAUAUUUUUUUAUUUUAAUAUAUAAAAAUAAUAAUAAUGUAUAUCAUAUAUAAACUCGUUUAGGCUCGCGAGCUCAUUGAUCGAAGCUUGGUUCGAGCUCAUUUAAUAAAUGAGUCUCAUACUUAGGCUCGAGCUUGAUUCAGGCUCGUUUAAUUUGAUCUCGAGUUGAGCAUUUAAUGGGUCGAUUUCGAGUAGCUCGACUCACUUAGACCCAAAGUUCUACUAGCCUUGGUCUGUUCCUUUACUUACCAUUCUAACCCUGACUAACAUAGUUUCUAACAAAAAUGGUCCAGGAUGAGUUAGUUAACAAAGGAUCAGUUUUUGGCGCGAACGAUGAUGCCUGCUUACAAUCUCUCAAAAGGUACCUUUUUUUUUCACAGGUAUAGACAGAGAACGAUCCCGACUAAACUAUACAAAUGUUUUACCUAUGCAAUUCACCUUGUAAACGGCAGCAUUAUGCUGAUUGCAUAUUCACUGGUGUAAAUAGCAAGCGUGGAUCUUGUGACAACUUCACAUCGUGUUCAACGAUGUCUAUGCUUUGUAGACAUCGAUUUCUCAACCUGAAGCAUCUGUAUUUCUAUCAUCGGAAACGACACAUCUUCGCAUCAAAACCUAGAGAACCAUUUCGAGGUCUCAUUGUUUGUUGUUAACUUUCUAACUUCCUUCCGGCUGCUGCUCCCCAAGUGUUUGAUAAUAUUCCUGAACCAGAUUAUGCGUUUUAGGUUUUAGCUCUUGUUUUUGUUCAAUCGCGUUGUAGAGUUUGUGGUAUAUCCGAUUAUUCCGUGUCUGGAUAUGGAGAGUCCGGUGCCAUAUAGCAGAGGGUUGCAGAAACAUUCGAUCACGAAGCAAGCGCGAAGUGGAUAUGAACCAUCUGAUACAGAGACAGAAUUGCAUGAAGCUCCAUGGAGUCAAUUCAAUAAAAAGAGCUUAGAAUUGGGAUCUGGAGUACCAAAGAUGAAUUCCGAAGAAACUAGAAAUUUAAAUCAUAUGAGACUCAACCGAAGACACUCUUCAAAGUUCGAUCCUGAAGGUCUCCCACCUCCGAGAAGACACAGCAAAUCUCCAUACAAAACACGACGAGAUGACGCGAAUCCCCGAUCACCAACUCUCGGCCCACUUCCUCUUCCACCUGGCAGAAACAUCAGCCCCUUUUCAAAAUCUGAGCGUAGGAGACACGUUUCACCUUUUCAACAAUCGCAUGAUCCAUUGGAUGAUAACGAUGAAGCUAAUGGCUCAUAUAUCAAGCAAAAACUCAGACAAUCAAAUCAUGAUUACGCUAGAACAUUAUCUGCACCUAGACUUCGACCAAAGGACAAAGACCAAAGGGUAAAAAGGAGAGACGAAAGGAGUAGAACACCUCCAUUACGCAGAAGUAUCACCCCAAGAAAAGACAAAGAAGUAAAUUCCAAGAAUUCUCAUGCUCCUUCUGUAGGCGAGAUCAAUGAAAUGGUUGCAAAUGCGAAACUCGCCAAGAGUCCGAUCCGACGUGGCGCAGUUUUCGAUAGCACAGACUCUCUUCCAGGUGGAGAUAUCUUCUUUUCUCGAGAUUAUCCACCAGUUUCAAAGCCGAAAGUCUUCAUAGAAAAGAAAUCCUACAAAUCAAACACCAUUCCUAACUACAAUACUCCUGGUAAUUACUCUUCUAGUCUUUUAACUCCAACAACUAUCAUCUCAACUUCUGCUGUAAGUAGACAAAGUAGCAAUGUAAGCGAUGCUAGUGGGAAGUCAACGGGGAGUUCUUGGAAGUUCACUGCAAAUAGGAGAAAAAACCAGACAGAUGCAUGGUUUUCUUGCAUAGGGAAAGGAUCUUGUCGAAGUGGAACUACUAAAAAGUCUCCUGAAAGAGCUUUUGAUGAAGCUUCUUUUAUUGAAAAGGCUUUUGUUGUUGAGAGUCUUAGACAAUUUUGGGCUGAUAAACAUCAACCUUCUUCAUUGGAUGGAUUUGCUUGCCAUAAACAAGAAGCCCUGCAACUUAAACAACUUGCAUCACAAGAAAUAUUUCCACAUAUUCUUUUCAAGGGAGCUCAAGGUUCAGGUAGGAAAGCAUUCACAAUGGCCCUAUUGCGUGAGAUAUAUGGAGAUGCUGCUCGAAAUAUAUCUCAUGAUUUAAGAUACUUCCAGAUUCAGGAAACUCGGUUGACUCAAGUAGCUGUUCCUGUAACUUCAAGUGUGCAUCAUGUAGAGCUUAAUGUGUAUUUGGAAGCAAAUGCCAGAUAUGCCCUUAUGGCUUCAGUUAAACAAAUAAGUAGCAACCAUUCAGUUGCUCCUGAGAUUAGUACAGUUAAUUUGAAGCCUGAUUUUACAGUUAUGGUCCUUUAUGAUGUUGAUAAAGCUGAUGAAAGCAUUCAGCACUUGAUAAAGUGGAUCAUGGAUUGCUAUUCAGAUGUUUGUAAACUUGUCCUUUGUUGUGAGGAUGAUCUCCAUAUUCUUGAACCUGUCAAAACUAGGUGCCACGUCAUCAAACUUGAUCCUCCAGUGACUCAUGAAAUCAUGGAAGUUCUUAUUCAAAUAGCAAGGAAAGAAAACUUUGAUUUACCAAUGAAAUUUGCUGCAAAAAUUGCUAAUAAAUCCAAACAGAAUUUAAGGAAAGCAAUCAUGGCUCUUGAAGCAUGCAAGUCUCACAACUAUCCUUUUGUAGAAGAUCAACCAAUUGCAAUAGGAUGGGAAAAUGUCCUAAUUGACCUUGCUGCUGAGAUCCUAGCUGAUCCAUCAUCUAAAAGGCUAUUUCUCAUACGUGGAAAGCUACAAAAACUUCUGGUGGAGUUUGUUCACCCAAAAUUAAUUCUUUUGAAACUGAUUGAACAGUUCCUCAAGGGUGUAGAAGCUACCAUCAAAAGGGAGCUAUAUUAUUGGCAUGGUUAUUAUGAUAAGAGACUCCCAGUUGGAACCAGUGCCUUACUAAAAUUAGAAGAGUUUGUUGCCAAAUUCAUGAGUAUACACCGCAAGAAUUUACUUAAUCGUCAGUGACUGAAGUUUGGCGAAUCUGUAUUCAGACACAUUGGAAAGAAAAGAUAAGAUUGCAACGUUUUCUUUUUGGGGGAAUUGUUUGGUGUGAAAUUACAUAUUUACCCAUUAUAAAUCAUUAUGAAUGUAGAUUUGGUUGUGGGGUUGUGGGUGCUUUUUAUGAAUGUUUUGUAUCAAGUGGUGAAUUAUGUUGAAAGUAAGUUUGUAUAUUUUAGUUGAUAGUUGUUUUGAGUUAAGUCGCUCAAAAAGAGGUAUGAAUUUUGAAAAUAAAAUGAUUUGUUGUAAUAGUUAUUAAAUACUCACAUACAUGGAUAAAACCGUUGUCACGUUCAAUGAUUGUAUAGAAUUUUGAAAAUAAAAUGAUUGUUGUAUA